AUGGCUGCUGAUUUCAGAAACAGCAGCGUUGCAGCAGCAGAAUCUUCAGAGCAAAUCCUCAGCUCCGAAGAAGACAGGAAUACGGAGAUGUCUAACACCAUAGGUUUAGGUGGUCUAUGUAAGAAGAGACAAGUUCAGGAGUUAAUUUAUGCAGAUCAAAUUGAUAUUGUAUGCAUGUUGGGGACCAAAUUGAGUCCUCGCUCCGUGGACGAGCUAUUAGAUGAUACCGGUAGGAAAUCCUUGUUACAAAUCUUCACCUUUUUGGUGAUACGAUCUGUUUCAUUAGGAGAGGAGGGUGGCCAUGGUCUCAAAGAGAACACAAUGCAGUACAAGGAUUCUGGUUGUUCCAGAUUACUAGUUCUGACAGGCAUUAAAAGAGGAGGGUGGCCAUGGUCUCAAAGAGAACACAAUGCAGUACAAGGAUUCAGGUUGUCCCAGAUUACUAGUUCUGACAGGCAUUAA